AUGCCACUAGAGCUUAACAUUUUCUUCUCUGGCAAGUCCCAAUUUUUUUUCCUCCCUCCCCUCCCUCCCCUCCCUUCCCCUCAACUCCCUCCCUACCCUCCCUUCCCCUCAACUCCCUCCCUCCCCUCCCUUCCCCUCAACUCCCUCCCUCCCCUCCAUUCCCCUCCUCUCCCUCUAUCCCUCUUCUCACCUCGUUAUUGUUUCCUUUGCAGGCAAAAUUUGCAGGUACUGACCAUGUGA